GGCAGCCGCCACAUCAACUCACGAGAUGACUCAUGGGAGAAAAAGCUGGUGCUAUGCUUUACUGAUAGUACACAUGAUACACUGUUGUCAAUGCAAGGCACAAUCGGAGUGAACUGCCAUGAGAAAUGUACAGUACAUUCGUUCAAUACGACCUCAAGCUUCAAACUCUACAUUAUUGCGGAGUCCGCAGUAGCUAGGUGGCACAUGGAUGUCUCAGGCUCAUCGAAGUACCCAUGUGACGGCCGUCUGUCACUUAUAAUGAGCUAUUAUCGUACCUGCGAAUCUUGCAUCGCCCCGACGCGUAUUAGGGUUCCCCUAGGUUUCCAUAUCACACAACCAUAUACGAAUCAGCGUUUCAAAACCAUGUCGAACCCUGCGCCUUCUCCAUCUCCUUCAUCUUCGACCAUAUCGUUGCUCUCGACUACGACAAAUGCAUCGACAGCCACUUUGAUACCCAAGAAAUACCCUCAGACUUCUACACCCAUGGCCCCGACGGCUUCGUCUGGUACAUUGUCCAGUACGUCGUCGUCGUCGUCGUCGUCGUCGUCGUCAUCCGCUGCCACAAUCGUAGCGAGAGCCCCACCAAAGGACUAUGAAGCAUCCUUCGGGAUGUUAGCUAGUACGAUGGGGUUUUCUGGCACGACACCUGUCAAGAUUCCGAAGAAGAACAAGACCAAAUCAUCCAAGAAUGGCUCCGGAAGGUCUGAAGAGAAAUCUAAGGAUCCCAAGAGUACGAAGUAGCUUGACAAUCAUGAGCAGAACGUGAAGGAUGCGCACCAUAACUAUUUAUAUGCACAUUGAUCUACCCAUCGUCAUUCCGUACAGCGUAGAAAAGAGCAGGUUUAGAAAAUACCGUUACAGUCUAUCUCAGACAGAAGGAAAUUUGAUUCAUUGGGUACAAUUGCCGUUAAAGACAAUUAAUUGCGAAUGCUUACGCAAAUUCAAAUCUGAG